GACCAAUUAUAAGAAACGGCGACGUUUAAUAACGAUUAACUAGAAGCUCACGCUAGCAAAGAACAAAAAAAGAAAAACGUGCUGACGAGUCGGUGAUGUGACACGCACAGAGCUGACUCAGUGGCUGUAAUUUUUUUUGAUAUGAAACUAUAAAGAGGGGCGCCACUCCAGAAUCGUAGUUCAAAUCGAAUAGAGAGAGAGAGAGCCGAGUUAACUCAGUUAAGAGUUAAAAUGGAGGGUGAGCCUACUCGGGUUAUGCUGGCAGUCAACCAGUCGACGAUCAAGGGCUAUCCUCAUGCUUCCAUAAGCAGCAAAGGGGCUUUUGAGUGGACUGUUGAUAAGAUCGUCCGCUCUAAUUUUUCUGGUUUCAAGCUUCUCUUUCUUCAUGUCCAAGUCCCUGAUGAAGACGGUUUUGAGGACAUGGAUAGCAUUUAUGCAUCACCCGAAGACUUUAAGAACUUGAAUAAUAGAAACAAGGCAAAAGGGCUUCAUCUACUGGAGUAUUUUGUCGAUAAAUGCCAUGAAAUUGGGAUUGCUUGUGAAGCAUGGGUUAAGAGGGGUGAUGCCAAAGAAGUGAUAUGCCAUGAGGUGAAACGUACACAGCCUGAUCUUCUGGUUGUUGGCAGCCGUGGUCUUGGUCCCUUCCAGAGGGUCUUUGUUGGAACUGUAAGCGAAUUUUGUGUAAAACAUGCUGAAUGCCCAGUCAUCACUAUCAAGCGCAAGGCAUGUGAAACUCCUCAGGAUCCGGUGGAUGAUUGAUUGUCUGGCCAAAAUCUGUUCCCUAUUAUGUUAAUAGAUAUUUACACCAGACACUGAAAAACAGAGUCUAAAAUUGUUUGUUGAAACAUUGUAUUCUAAUAUUCUGUAAACAUUUGUGUGUGUGUGUGUGUGAAUUUGUUGAGGACAAUGACUGGCAAUGGCCAUUUGACAACGUCUUCCUCAAAGUUCUGUGAUUCUUGGAUAAGUUUGGCAAUUGGGAUUCUUUCUUUGAUAAA